GUGACUUAGCAGUAAAGAGAGCUACAUCCUCUUCACAUGUCAUCGGUGCCUUUAAUACCCACGAACAAGCCGCUAUCACGAACCCCAUAUGCUUCUUUUCAUGUUAGUUUAUCAACCCAGAAUAUUUGAAUGAUACAAUUUUAUGUCUUUCUUGAUCACUCGGCAGUCAUUUCAGGUGUUUCUCUCAUUCAUGCAUCGGCAUUGAUAGCUGCUGCAGACAUUGCUCACACUUUCUUGGCAGUCUAUUCAACUGGUUUUUCUUUACUGAUUUGUAGGUAGACCAUAGUUUUAAUAGAAUUCAGACAAAGCACUUCUCAAGUACCCACAUUGGAAAUAACAACCACCUAUGUUUAUAGAAAUGACUGGAAUAUAGGACCUACCCUACCUUAACGAGUAUGAGGUAUUCAUGGACUUGAGUAACGUGGACAUAAGAGGAUUUCCAUUGUCAGAGGAACACAAUUCACCAACUUUUAAGGAAGUUAUUGUUAGCCAGGAUUACCUGUCAAAGCUUUUGAAACUGACCGGAGAGUGUGAAAUGGAUUGAGAACUAUCACUUUGACCAUGGUGUGGUUCACCUUACUGGGCUAGCUAGGAAGCAUACCAAAUGGAAAAUGGGAAUUACCUUGAUAAGAUAGUGAUCGAGAGCUCGUUGCGGCGUUCAUGGAUGCCGUCGGGAGACGUUUACGACUACAUCUUCAAGGUGUUGGUGAUAGGUGACAGCUUCGUGGGCAAGACUGCCCUCAUCACCAUCUUCUCGACCGGGAGGGCGUCCCCGUAUAGAGACUAUCAAACCACUAUUGGUAUCGAUUUCAAGAUUAAAACAGUAGAACUCAAUGGUAAGAAGAUCAAAUUACAAAUAUGGGACACCGCCGGUCAGGAGCGGUUUCACACAAUUACCACAUCAUACUACAGAGGGGCUAUGGGGAUCAUGUUAGUCUAUGACAUCACGCAAGAAAAAACCUUCGACAACAUAGCCAAAUGGCUAAGAAACAUACAAGAACAUGCAAAUGAAGAUGUAGAGAAGAUGUUACUAGGCAACAAAUGUGACAUGGAUGACAAGAGAAUGAUCAACAAGGAUAGGGGAGAGACGAUUGCGAAGGAGAAUGGAAUCAAAUUCCUAGAAACAAGUGCUAAGGCUAACAUCAACGUCGAACAGGCUUUCAUGACACUGGCAGCAGAUAUUCUAAAAAAGUACCCCCAAAGGGAUACAGGUUCACCCGGUGUGGUCAAACCAGAUAUGAAAGAAGGAGGAAGUUCAGGAUCUAAAUGCUGUCCUUAAGAGCUCCUGGAGAAGCAAAACGACCCCCUGAAUCCCCUUCAUCCAGCUUCAAUGAAUGUGUCAUCGCAUCGUGGAUAACAAAACCCUAUUACACCACGUGUCAAAGAACUUUUUAUUGAAUCAGCGGUGAUGAUUUCUUUGUAAUAUAAUAAUAAAUAUUCUUAUUCUAUCAUUGUUUUGGGUUUUUAUUUCUUCCGUUGUCAAUAGAGAAUGUUCCCUUCAUUCUACAUGGUGUGUAGGGCACCGGGCAGUGAUUAAUCUAGAAAGGUCCCUUGUAUGAAUGAAAUUUAAUAAACACUAGGGAAUUGAUGCCAGUUAUGUGUUGUAGGUUUUGAUUACCUAUGUUCACCAUUUAAUCAUAUUAAUACACGACUGACAAGAAAUAUCUAAUACAGUCACUUUACUGAAGGAUAUUUUUAACCAUUCAUAUUUAAAGAACUCAAUUUUUCAUUAUCAACAGUUAGUCCCAUGGCUCAAUUUGUGUUGGAAAAACUCUUAAAAUGGAGCAGAUAUACUUUCAUUUACUUUCAUUUCAUGAUCUAGGUCGUCUAUAGAACCCUAAUGGAGGAAAAUAUGUAUUUCAUGAAAAUUUUAAAAAUCACUUGAAAUAAUUAGGCAAUGCACACUAUAAAGCACACACUUAUCAAUGCUCAUUUGAAUUUCUGUUCUCCACUUUCAAUCAAAAUCAAUAUCGAAUCAUGUAAAGUAUGACAUCACAAGAAUGAUUGUGAUGAGUUGAUGAUGAAUUGUCUAUGAUGGCGCUCCCCACUGAUUUUAGGCAAACGAGCAGCUGAACGUGUGAUAGUUGAUUAAAUAGAAAUAGCCUUACGCUGUAAGUCAAAUGCAAAUAUGUUGAAAUUUUACAAAGGAAUAGCUUGCUGAAACCCUUGACAAAGUUUCAUGUUAUUGUUUGAUAGACCAAAGUGCAUUUUACAAUUUAAUUUCAAUAUGAUACAAAUCAAUUUGUGAACUUUUUGGUGGUCCAACAUUGACAUGGACAAAUGUUUCUCCUUCAUGAUUAAAAGCUUUCAAUAACAAACAUAUGCAAAAUGUAUCCAGUAUAUGCAUUUAAAGCGAAGGAAAUACUGCUUAGCACUACGCCUGAAAAAGUAAUAUUUUUAAUACCUUAUUUCAUGUAUCGUUUGGCAAUAUUUAUAAUUUAAAACAAAUUAGUUUUUAAGGAAGAUUUGAUAAAGUUAUGAUUUCUCCCACAGAACAUUGUGAUUAGUAGUUUUGCUACCAAAAUUUAACAGAAAUUUAUUUAAAACUUUAAGGAAAUAAAAAGGGGUUGGUGAGAAUACUUACUACAUUCUAUUACUUCUUUGAUCUAGUAAGGAAUGAAUGUGUUGAUAUACCACUCCGUCCUUCUGUGUGCGGUAACAUCCUUUCUGAUCUCAGAAAAUGAUGGAGGAAUCGCUGAAUGUCCCAUGCAUCGCUUAGAUCACCGAGUGAAAACGAUUCUCGUAUCUCACAUUUGCACAACUUUAAAGAGUUUAGGUGAAAAAAUGUGGUUGACAAUUUUUUUUGUAAAAUAUACAAGUAUGGUCAAGAUAAUUUUAUUUACCUAUAAUGUAUGAAGAUACAGAUAUAAUUGGGCUUUGGGGUAGUGUGGUGUGGUAGUGUCAAAUGCAGAAAUUUGCAUUAUUAAUGUCCAUUUAAAGAAUGAAAACAUAAAAAUAAGUGUACAAGCUCUGCCCAAUGCAUUUUGAGGAGGAGGAAGCUGGUCUGUU